CUGCAACUGUUCGGACGUGCCGCCUGCUAUUCUGGCAAACAAAACAACAAAAACUGAUCGCUCUCGCAUGUUUGCGCGAAGCUAAAACCCAAACAAAAUUAUUGAAGCCUAGCCCGACGGUAACGCUAGAAGCGGCUGAUCAUUCGCCUUUUAACUCUGUUCAACUUAAGUCGAACGUAAUACAAAUGUGCAAUUUAAUUUAAGACAGACAUUUAGUCGUCAUAUUGUAGGUAUUCUUUACCUACUUUGCUGUUGUCGUCGUCGUCGUCGUCUUGGUUUUGUGAUUCGGUGGAAUUAAAGCUAGAAAAUAACAGUGUCUUCUCCAUAACAGCAACAAAUAGUAAUUAUUUUUAGUGCUAGUUUAAAAAAAGAGGAGAGUCGGUUUUUUCAUUUUUAUUGUUAACAAAAAUCGGUUGCAAUUCAUUCGAACUUUCAAACGGUUUUAACGAGGAACCAUGAAGACCCCAUUCGACAUGAGCACGAUGGAUAAAGCCAAGGAAGCUGCAAAUGAACCUACAAAACCAAACUCUAUUUUCGGAGUUCGUCACGUGCAAUGUGCUCUAAUUUUCUUUGCCCUAGCUGUGACUUAUGGCCUUCGAGUGAAUAUGUCAGUUGCUAUUGUCGUUAUGACAGAUAAUACCACCAAUCCAAAUUAUCCAGAAUACCACUGGGAAGAAAAAGCCAGAUCAGUAAUUUUGAGCAGUUUUUUCUGGGGUUAUGUUAUCACUCAAGUUCCUGCCGGACAAUUGGCUCAAAAAUUCGGAGCUAAAUUAGUUGUCUUCUGGGGUCUCACAAUCUGCUCAAUUCUGGCAAUUCUUACACCAAUCUGUGCUGAAAUUGGUGGAUCAGCUUUAGUUAUAGCUUUGCGUGUCAUUCAAGGACUUUGUCAAGGAACCGUUUUCCCUUCAACUCACACAUUGGUCGCCAAAUGGGCGCCACUUAAAGAACGUGGAAGAUUAGGAACCAUAUCAUAUUCUGGUGCACAAUUCGGUACAGCUGUAAUGUUGGCUGUCAGUGGAGAAUUAGCAUCUUCGUCAAUGGGUUGGCCAAGUAUUUUCUACGCUUCCGGUGGAAUGGGUUUAGUUUGGGCAGUUUUAUGGUUCUUUUUCGCCUCAAGUUCUCCAUCAGAAAACCGAUUUGUUUCUGAAGAAGAAAAGGCCUACAUCGAAUGGGUACCAACAAUUGAAAAUAGUGAACCCAAAUCAGCACAAAAAUUAUCGACUCCAUGGAAAAGUAUCUUCACUUCAAUGCCAUUCUUGGUUCUUCUGCUGUCGCAUUGUUCUAAUAACUGGGGCUUCUGGACUUUAUUAACCGAAAUGCCAACUUACAUGAAGAAUAUUUUGGACUUAAAUAUUAAGGACAGUGCUAUCCUUUCAUCACUUCCUUACUGGGGAAUGUUUGGAAUGUGUUUUGUAUUCGUAUUCAUCUCAGAGCUAUUGAACAGGAAUCCAUGCAUGAGUCUCUCAUUCAGCAGGAAGUUCUUCAAUUCCCUUGGUUUGUGGGUGCCAAUGAUCGGUUUGAUUGGAAUGGGUUACAUGAAUAAGGAUCAUGUUGAAUGGGCUGUAGUUUUGUUAACUCUGACAGUGAGUAUGAAUGCUGCAUGCUAUUUGGGCUUCCAAAUGAAUCAUAUUGAUUUGUCACCAAAUUACGCUGGAACCUUGAUGGGAAUUACGAAUGGUGCAGCGAAUAUUAUGAGUAUCAUUGCUCCACUUCUUGUUGGAUUUAUUGUUACAGAUGAGAAAAAUCCUUCUCAAUGGAGGAUAAUCUUUUUCAUUGCUGCUGCAGUCUAUCUAGUCGGAAAUUCAUUGUUUAUUGCUUUUGGAAAAGUUGAAACACAACCAUGGAAUGAACCUAAAAAGAGUGUUACAAAUGGACAAACUUCUGCACAAAAUCCUACACGCAUAAUUGUAGUAGAGUCACGUUAUUAAAGUGUGAAUUUAAAAAAGAAAUUGUAUACGAGUAUUUAAAAAAAAAAUAUAAAAGUCGUGAUCUAGUCAUAAGUGCUAAAAAACCAAUACUUACUUAAAAAAGUAGUCAAGUCUUUGAAAAGAAGAUAAAGCAACGAACGAAUGAAUUUAUAGA